UCCUGUGCCAUUGCCGUGUUUAUUUUACGUAUUCGCCGGUCUCAAUAAUUUCUUCCAUAAUGGCUCGUAAUAUUGUAAAACUAGGUGCUCUGGAGGCUCAGAGGACAGCUUUCUUCUUGUGUGACAUCCAGGAAACGUUCAGGCCUCAUGUGAAACAUUUCGGCGAAGUCGUUAAAGUUGCUAAUAAAAUGAUGGAAGCAGCGAAACACUUCAAAAUCCCAGUCUACAUCUCAGAACAGUACCCCAAAGGGCUCGGGCACACAACUAAAGACAUCGAUGUAUGCAACGCAGCCCUAGUUUAUGAGAAGACUAAGUUCUCGAUGUACACUCCGGAGCUGCAGGAGAAGUUGAUGAAAGAUGUGCCGACGUUGGAGACGGUGGUGUUAUUUGGGAUUGAGGCCCAUGUAUGCAUCGAGCAGACGGUAAUAGACCUGCUGAAUGAGAACAUCGCAGUCCAUGUGCUGGCUGAUGGAGUGUCUUCCAGGUCUCUGAUGGACCGUGGAUUGGCUUUACAGCGUUUUCAAACAAUCGGCUGCUUCGUCGGAACUUCAGAAAACGUACUUUUCAAGCUGUUGAAGGACAAAAACAACCCUGCCUUCAAACAGAUCUCUAAACUCAAUGUUACACCCACUCCGGACGAAUUUGGAGCGAAGACUUUGGAAGAUAAAUUACAUUAAUAAGUGCAGAAAUGUUUCUGAAAUCUGUAAAAAGGAAGCACAAAUGUGAGUGUGCACGGAAAAACGUCCCACUUUGUCGAUUGCUAUAAAGCCGCUUUAUUAGUUCAAGCAAAGAGGAUCAAGUAUUAUAGAGAGUUACUGUCAAAGUAAAAUGUGUAAUCACCA